CGGCUAAUGUGGCAAUGGCAUAAAUGUUAUUUUGGCACAACCGAGGGUUAGAGUUGUGUUACGUGGCUUCGGGUUUUGGAUAACGCGAUGGAAGGAAGAAAGGAAGGGAAAAACCAGAAGCGAAGCUCAAAACCCAGAAAUGGCGACUAUGUUCAAUAUUACUGCAAUCACAUCACCAUCUCUGCGAAAUUGGGGUUCCCUUUCUUCUUCUUCUUCAGCUCCCAUGCACACCCGUGUAGUUCACACGAAGCCACUUCAGUGUGCCCCUAUUCAGCAACAAAUGGUUGAUGGCACCAUAAUGUGUGAGCCUUGCAAUGGGAAAGGGUGGUUGUUAUGUGACUUCUGCAAAGGCCAAAAGACAAAUGUCAGAGCUGAAAACAAGCGCCUCUACCGUAGAUGUCCUACCUGCAGAGCUGUUGGAUAUAUCUUGUGCUCAAGGUGCAAGGUCUUUAAGUGUGUCACUUUUCCGAACUUCGAUGACAGCGAGGAAUGAAAUGAUUUGGGGACUUACUUUGGGAGCAUUCAAUUCCAACUACUUGUUGGAGAGUUAAAGGAUAGAAGGUUGAAUCUUUCUUUGACAUUUCUCAUGAUUGUGUCCGAAUAUGAUAUGAUUGAAAAUGCAAUUUUCAUUUCUUUUCAUUCCUGGUGUUAUCACUUGAAGACUUUAGUUUCUGUUUAUUUCUUUUCAUACUCAACUUUCCUUAUCACUAGCUGAGAUUCAUAGUAAUAAUACAAAAGAGUCUUCUUCUCUGUUCAAUUCUUU